CUCCAGUUCCAAAGGUAAUUCAGGGCUGUGUGAAGCAGCAGAAUUAUAUGGAAGAAACAGUCAUCAUGAAGGUGCCGCUUUCACUAAUGUGUUACAGAUUGCUGAAAACCAAAUCAAAGCAAAGAAUAAUGGAGAAAAUGGCAUUUCUCUAGUCAAAGUACAAACAAAUGAAGAUCACUGGGUCUGGGUUCAAGCUAACACUCAACUUCUCUAUCGAAGUGGUUGCUCAGAAUAUGUCCUUGCCCAACAGCAAAUGUUAAAGGAAGAAGAUGAACAACUGAAGAUACCAAGCAGUUUUGCCAGUUUGAAGGGAAACCUGGAGGGACUUUCCUAUAACAGUGCCAUUGAAACUCUGGGCCAGUGGAAGCAUCUUAACUGGACAGCAGUAAAAAAUGAACAAGAUAACGUAAAAGUGAAGUUUGAGCCUCAUACAAACGGUGAGUGUUUUAUGCAAGAGGAACCUCUCACUUCUAACACACCAGUUUUAGGCGUUCAAAACAACUGCACCACAAACAGUAGCUGGACUUUAAGAAACUCAAGCUCUUGUUCUAUGAGCCAGCGAAUGAACACAUGUUCCAACAGGAGAGCUGGAUCAUUCUACAACAGAGACCAAAGUUUCUUAAAUUUAGCAUCAACUUGCCCUUCCCACUGGGGAAGUGCAGAAAGCUGCCAGUCUUACUCGGGCGUACAACAGCGUUGUGCGGAGAACUAUGCAAUGGACCAUCUGAAACUGCAGAGACCGUUAAUAUCCUCAGAGUCUCUCUAUGACACAGCCUUUCCCUUGGAGACGCCUAUCAAAAUGGAAUACGAUUCUGAUUCUGAAAACAUUGCUGACAACUACCUGACAUCGCAAAACCGAGCCUGGCUAGAUGAGAACGGCUCGGUGAGAAAGCAGGUGUUUAGCUACCCCAAUAGAGUGCAUCUCAAAACAGAACCGGACCUCUGUGAGCCAGCCUCACCUUGUCAGAAGCCAAGGCACUGCCUCUACACGCCUCAUAACUGGCAAUGCAUCGUAGCAAAUCAUCCCAACAACCUAAACCUGAACAGAUCUUGCAAGGGUUCACGUACCAAGGAGGUGGCCCCAUUUUGCCCUCAGAACUCCUCUGGGUGUUUGGAAAGCAUGCCCGACCUGCCACACACAGCAUGCUACGGCCACUUCUACAGUCCCAGUCCAGGGGAGGAGAAAGAGCAGAGUAACGAGGUGUUUAAAAUGCCAUGCGAAUUUAAAAACCCCUGCUUGGUUCAAGCAAUCAAGCGUGAGCCCCUGGAUUCUCCACCAUUGUCCAACAGUGGACAGAACAGAGUACACAUGAGCUUCCCUGAAAAUACAUUGGCAGGUCCUGUGCCUCAUAAAACCACUGAAUGUACAUUUUUACAAUAG